UCACCCCAGGAUGUCGGCUAUCCAAGCCUUGCAGCUGUGGUGCAAGCAGCAGUGCGAGGGGUACAAGGACGUGUCCGUCACCAACAUGACCACCUCGUUCCGGGACGGCCUGGCCUUCUGCGCCAUUCUGCACCGCCACCGGCCGGACCUCAUAAAUUUCACUUCCCUGAGCAAGGAGAACGUCUUCGAGAACAACGAGUUGGCUUUCCAGGUUGCUGAGAAAGAGCUGGGCAUCCCGGCGUUGUUGGACGCCGAAGAUAUGGUUGCACUGAAGGUGCCGGACAGGCUGAGCAUCCUCACUUACGUCUCCCAAUAUUACAAUUACUUCCAUGGCAAGUCACCGAUUGGCGGGAUGGCUGGAAUCAAGCGCCCGGCUUCCCAACCCAGCGAGCAGCCGACUGGGAAAAAGAUGAUUUCUGAGCCGACGGCCCCAAGUUUCACAAAACCAGCAAGGCAACCUUCUCCCCUUGAAUCCAAAACGGAACCAGCUGCGCCGGGGCAUAGUCCGAUGGUGAACGCCUCUCCAAGACGGGUCUUAGCCGAGAAGAGCAACACACCUCACAGCAACUGUGCCGUCUGCGGAGCCCACGUCCACUUGGUGCAGCGCCUCCUGGUGGACGGGAAGCUUUAUCACAGAAACUGCUUUCGGUGCAAAGAGUGCUCCAGGACUUUACAGAGAGGGAACUACACAGCCGGGCUCGGCCCAGGCGCGUUCCUUUGUAGCCAGCACGCGGGACCAGCGCCUGCCCAGGGCCCUCCUGCCCAGGAGAUCCAUGGGGAGAAGGACCCUCCCAAGACCGCUCCAGGGAACUCUGGGAUGGGACUCGAACCGAUGCCAGCCGCGUCUCCGGGGGUCAAGCCGAGUUGGGCCUUCCGAAACAACAAUGCCACCCGGCCAGCGGCUUGGGAGCCGUCGGAUUCCAAGAAUAAUAAAACCAGCAGCCCGAGUCUGCAUCGGUGGGAUCCUCCUGACCAAACAGCAGAUCAACCCUCAACUUCCCCUUCGACAGGGUCGAGGUUGAAAAUCCAGCAGGCGCGGGAGAAGUUUUUCCAGGCAGAUCCGCCCCCUGCCAGCUUCCCCGCAGGCAAAGCUGAGCCUGUUAGAAACCACAGCUCUCCUUUCAAACCUUCCCAAGUCCCCGAGAAGACGGCCCUGUCCAGAAUGCAGGUCCCUAGCCACAGCGAGAAGGACCAAGCGCGGAGCAUCCUCAGCCGAGUGUUACCGGGACCUCAGCCUUCGACCAGCCAGCCGGGAGCAGUUGGCUCCGCUUCGCCCAGAUCCGUGGCAUCCAAGGGCAACCCGUUGCCUCCUGGCAGCUCCGGCUCCCGGAGCCCACAGCCCCAGAAUUUCCUGGUCAGCAGGCCCUUGAACAAGCCAGCCUUCGCAGAAGCUGCAGGAGUGACAGAAACACACCAUCCGGUUGCGAAUCUCCCCAAGGAUCCGAGCUACAAAGUGGGAGUCAGGGCUGACCCCCAGAACAAAGCCAAGGAUCGGUCCCUUGGCCCAUCUGUCAACUCUGGGCGCAAAUCAGACACAAAAGUUGCUAAAGCGAGAAGUGCCAAUGUGGUAGAGGAGAAACUGGGGAGCCCAGAGGAUUGGCGAUCAAGGCUGAAGCCGGUCAAACUCCCCCACCAGGUUGAAACCAAGACUUCUCCAAAAUCUGAGGAUGUUCACAAGGUGGUGAUCAACAAAGAGGUGAAGCCGGGACAGAAAGACAAAAAGCCCUCUCUUUCUGUUGUCUCCCCAGCGGUUCCCAAAGCUGUGCCUCUGGCUUUUCAACCACAGAAGAAGAAACUGUUGGUGCCCCAGCUUGAUGUCUCCAGCAGCUGGCAGACAGUGAAGCAGCCGUGGGAAUCUCACCCAUCAACGGCCCAAGCGGGGAGGAGGAACCUGUCAAAAAAAGUGGUUGCCACCGACCAGCCAUCUGCUCCGGGAACCUUCAGGAAGCCUCCAAGCGAUCAAGCGCUCUCUCCCACCCAGCGCCACCCGGAUUAUGUUCCCGAGGAAGAGAUCCAGAAGGAAGUCCAGAGGAUUGAGAGGGACCUGGACAGGCUGGAGCAGAAGGGGAUCUCUCUGGAGAAACAGCUGCGGGGUUGCGAGGGAGACGAUUCCGAAGAUGUCCUGAUGGUGGAAUGGUUCAAACUGAUCCACGAGAAGCAGCUCUUGCUGAGAUGGGAGUCCGAGUUGAUGCACAAGAUGAACCAGCAAAAACUGGAAGUGAAGCAGUGGGAUAUUGAGAGUGAACUUCGGAAUCUCAUGAGCAAAGCUGAUUACUUGAAGACCCCCAGAGAGAAGGCUCGGGAAAAAGAACUACUGGACUCGUACUUGGACACGGUCAACGAUCGGAACAAAAUUGUGGAAGACCUGGAUGAGGACAGACUCAGGGAACUAGAAGAAGAUGAGAUGAUGGCUGCCAUGAUCAAGAGCUUUGGUAUGUCUCAGAUUACCCAGGAGAAUGAGAAAAAGAAAACCAAGUUCGGCUUAUUCAGAAUAUUGAAAACCAAGAGCUGAAUCAGGGAUGGGGUGCAACCAGGAUGCUUCAUCACCCAAAGCUACAGGUCUAAUAACUUGGUGUUUCAUUUCAAGUUCGUUAUUUGUGGUUCAAAUAACUUGGUGUUUCGUUUCAAAGGAGUGUAAGUCCUUUGGCUACUCCACGUAGGAAGAAAGAAGAAGCUGAAGCAGAAGGAAGGAGGCCUCCAGAAAUCUUGCCUUGCUUGGAUAGGGAGGGGCAAAGCCUUGGGGAAAAUAGUGGUCUCUGAAUGUAGCCUGGAAAUUUGGAAAUUUUGGAAAUUCACCUUCUGAGUGACUUUUGAGCAUGAUAAAGGGAAGCAUUCAGCAGCUUAGACCAGUGUUUCUCAACCUUGGCCACUUUAAGAGGGGUGGACUGCAACUCCCAGAAUUCCCCAGCCAGCAUG